AGACCAUUAGCAGUGUCACAGCUGAAUACUCAUCCCUAGCCAACCAAGAUCUGGAUGCUACUUGGAAAUACAAAAUAAUCCUUUGAGUGAAUUUUAGAGACCGACUGAAAUUAUCAGGUUCCAUUCACAAUGAACUCAGUGCUUCAGAAGGCUUUCCUGUGGUGUGUGCUGACAGCACUUCUGCUGAGCAUCACAAGCGCAAAACCUUUGAAUACAGAUGGUUUGAGAAGGCUCAGUGUUUGGCUUCAAGGUAAGGUGAGGAGAGAUGUCCACAGCUUGUCCGAGAGGAGCGAGAGCGACUCAGCAGCUCUGCUGACUCAGAGGACCAGCGAUCCCGAGUCAUUUGUACCACAGCACAGGAGUGUGAGGGUAAAGCGUACAGACGUAGCCUACUCAGUCAAAAGAGUGGAAAGAGCGGGCUGCGUUCUGUCCACCUGCUCCGUGCACGAACUGGCCCACCUGGUGAAUAUGAUCAACACAAAGACGAACAACGCCCCUCCUGAAAAGAUCAGCUCAAAGGGCUAUGGACGGAGGCGGAGACGUUAGUUCCAUCAAACCUCCCUGCGCUAACUUUCCACGAAAGCCAUCUCAAGCUGGCAUGGGUUCAAUCUCUCUAUUAAAGAACAACCCAGGAACACCUCUGCGGUUUGUCCUGAGCCUUUGGUUUCUAUUGGCUCGGUUUACUGAGAUACUUCUGAUACUACCUAUGCUGAACGUUAGUGUAUUCUCUUCAGGCACAAAGGAGCAACUGGAGCAUCCUUCUCUCCAUCCUCUGCCUGAUGGGUUGGACUGAGAAGGACUCAGGUCACUUAAAGUGGUUUUGGAAAAUAGGACUGUUAUCAAUUUGAAAAAUAAAAAUCACAACCUUUUUUUUUUUUUUUUUUUUGUGGGUCUAAGGCAAUACCACAGGAAAUAGGUGGUCAAUGCUCUGUGCAUGUGUUUAGCAUUCUUGUCAUUCUAAUGGAGCUUUGGGACUUGACUCUCUGUCUCUUCUGCAGCACUGAUGCGCCCUCUGCUGGAGGAAUGAAGGACCAGCCUAGAACUCUGCCAGAAGAGGACAGAGAGAGAAUAGCAAGAAGAGGGAAAAGGAACUAACUUUUAUGACUUAAAGCUAUUUACCUUGGAGGACCAAUGAUGAAGAGCAGAAAGAGAGAGAGAGAGAGAGAGAGAGAGAGAGAACUCUUUAUGGAAGAAAUAAUUUUUGUUGUCCUCAAGGGACAUCCACAUACUUGAAGACUGAUUUAUAUAUACUGUGGGAGCCGUGCAAUAUUUAACUUUAAUAUUGUUAUCUAGUCUAUUAUAAAUGUGUACAAAGAUGUAUAUUAUGAAAAUAUUGUAUCUUAAAAGUUCAUAUUUAUAUCUACAUACUGUACAUGUAUUCUUAAGACACUAUUGUAUACAGAAAAAGGGCAUAUAUGGUUUAUUUUGAAAUAAGAUGUUUAUCCUUUAAGUCCAUAUCGCUAUAGCAUUUGUUCCACAUGAAUCAUUUAAUAAUGUGACACAUGUUAAUUAAUGAUGUAUUAAACCCCAGCAAGAGUGAGGAAGGAAAAAUUGCCUGUGUU